AUGACGGAGCCCUCCGCAGCCGACCUCCUGGCGGCCAUCAAGGCCCUCACCGAGGACAUGGCGACCAUGAAGGCCGAUAUGGCCUCGCUGAAGAAGGAGAAGUCGGAGUCGUCCGCCGGCGGCGGCGGCGGCGGCAACCGGCACGCGGAAGGUCAGCACACUGACUACCCGCCCAAGCACAAGAAGUGGGACUUCCCACGCUUCGACGGCACCACCGACCCCAUGCUCUUCCUCAACAAAUGCGAGGCAUAUUUCCGCCAACACCGCACCAUGGCGGAGGAACGCGUGUGGCACGCUUCGUACAACCUCGAGGGCGUCGCACAGCUGUGGUAUAACCAGCUCGAGGAAGACUCUAGCACGCCCACCUGGGCGCGCUUCAAAGAGUACCUGCACCUGCGGUUCGGGCCACCGCUCAGGUCGGCGCCGCUGUUCGAACUCGCCGAGUGCCGGCGCACGGGCACCGUCGAAGAGUACUCCAACCGUUUUAAGGCGCUUCUACCUCGCGCAGGUCGCCUGGACGAGGAGCAGCGUGUCCAGCUCUACACCGGCGGCCUCCUUCCGCCGCUCAGUCAUGUCGUUCGCCUCCACAACCCCGACUGGCUCGCCGUGGCGAUGAGUCUCGCGUGCCAGGUCGAGCUGAUGGAGGUCGAGCGGCCGCCGCCACCCGCGCCACGUGCUCCUGCGCGGGGCAUUCUGCCGGCGCCCGCGCCCCGCGCUGCCCUGCCGCCCCCACCGCCACCACUGGCCUUGCCGGCUCCGCUAGCAGCCGCGCAGCCGGGCCGCGGGGACGGCCGGCGUCUCUCGCCCGAGGAGAUGGCUGAGCGUCGCCGUCUCGGUUUCUGUUUCAACUGCAAUGAGAAAUAUACUCGCGGCUAUAACCGUUUUUGCAGGCGCAUUUUCUUCCUGGAAGGCGUCGAGAUUGACGACGCCCCGGACGACGUGGCAGCUGCCGAGCCCGACGCCGAGGCUCCCUGUUUCUCUCUCCAGGCUGUGGCUGGGGUCCCUGUGGCGAGUACCAUGCAGCUCCGCGUGUCCCUCGGCGCCGCGACCCUCGUCGCUCUCCUCGACUCUGGCAGCACGCACAACUUCAUCUCGGCGGCAGCAGCCCGGCGUUCCGGCCUUCCCCUGCGUCAGCGGCCUCGCCUCACUGCCUUGGUCGCGAACGGCGAGCGCGUCACCUGCGACGGUGUCAUCCGCGACGCUCCUCUGCUCAUCGACGGCGUCACGUUUCCGACCGACCUCUUCGUCAUGCCGCUGGCCGGGUACGACGUCGUCCUGGGGACGCGGUGGCUGGGCGUGCUGGGGCCCAUCGUCUGGGACCUCGGCAGCCGGCGCGUGACGUUCCAGCACCUGGGGCGCCCUGUCUCCUGGACAGGCAUCGCCUGCCCUGCGGUGCCGACACUGGGUGUCACAUCAGAGGUCGGGCCGCUCCUCGACGCCCUGCUGCACGCGUACGGGGGGCUCUUCGCAGACCCGACAGGUCUGCCCCCCAAACGCGCGCACGACCACCGCUUCACCCUGAAGCCCGACGCCCAGCCCGUCGCUGUCCGGCCAUAUCGGUACCCAGCAGCGCACAAGGACGAGUUGGAGCGGCAGUGCGCCGCUAUGAUCGAGCAGGGUAUCGUCCGACGCAGCGACUCGCCCUUCUCAUCGCCGGUUCUCCUCGUCAAGAAGCCGGAUGGGUCGUGGCAUUUCUGCGUCGACUACAGGGCGUUCAAUGCGCUCACCGUCAAAGACGCCUUCCCGAUCCUGGUGGUUGACGAGCUCCUCGACGAGCUCCACGGCGCCAAGUUCUUCACCAAGCUCGACCUCCGGUCCGGGUAUCACCAGGUGCGGAUGAGGCCGGAGGAUGUGCACAAGACGGCGUUCCGCACCCACGACGGCCUCUACGAGUUCCUGGAGAUGGUGUUCGGGCUGUGCAAUGCCCCGGCGACGUUCCAGGCCUUGAUGAAUGACGUGCUCCGGCCGUUCCUCCGCCGCUUCGUCGUGGUAUUUUUUGAUGAUAUUCUCAUUUACAGCAGGACAUGGGCCAAUCACCUCCGCCACCUUCGGGCCGUCCUCGACGAACUGCAACGCCACCAGCUCUUCGUCAAGCGCUCCAAAUGUUCUUUUGGCGCGCCCUCUGUCGCCUACCUCGGCCAUGUCAUCUCCGCGGCGGGCGUGGCCAUGGAUCCGGCCAAGGUGCAGGCGAUCCACGACUGGCCGGCUCCGCGAUCGGUGCCGGCAGUCCGCGGCUUUCUCAGCCUUGCGGGAUACUACCGCAAGUUCGUCCACGGCUACGGGGCCCUUGCCGCGCCACUAUCGGCGCUCCUCAAGAAGGAGGGCUUCUCCUGGGACGACGCAGCCGCGUCGGCGUUCGCGGCCCUCAAAGACGCUAUCACGAGGGCCACCAUCCAGGCCGUGCGGCACUGGCGGCCGUACCUCUGGGGGCGGAGCUUCACCGUCAAGACAGACCACUACAGUCUGAAAUAUCUCCUCGACCAGCGCCUCGCCACGAUUCCCCAGCACCAUUGGGUCGGCAAGCUCUUGGGCUUCGACUUCUCGGUGGAGUACCGCUCCGGCGCCACUAACGUCGUCGCCGACGCCCUCUCUCGCCGCGACACCGAAGAGGGGGAGGCCAUGGCGAUCUCGGCGCCCCGCUUUGACCUCGUCGACCGCCUGCGCCAUGCCCAGGCCACCGACCCAGCCCUGGUCGCCCUCUACGCCGAGGUCCGUUCGGGCGCCCGCGCUGCACCAUGGGCGCUGGUGGACGGCAUGAUUACCUACGACGGCCGCCUGUACAUCCCGCCCACGUCGCCGCUUCUCCAGGAGGUCGUGGCCGCCGUCCACAACGAUGGUCACGAGGGCAUCCACCGCACCCUCCAUCGCCUCCGGCGCGAUUUCCACUUCCCCAGCAUGUGCCGCAUCGUGCAGGCGUUCGUGCAGGCCUGCAGUACCUGCCAGCAGUACAAGUCCGACCACCUCAGGCCAGCGGGACUGCUGCAGCCGCUACCGGUGUCGUCCGCCGUCUGGGCUGACAUCGGCAUCGACUUCAUCGAGGUGCUGCCCAAGGUGCAGGGCAAGACGGUCAUCCUCUCCGUGGUCGACCGCUUCAGCAAGUACUGCCACUUCAUACCGCUGGCGCACCCCUACACAGCGGAAUCUGUCGCCCAGGCGUUCUUCGCCGACGUCGUCCGUCUACAUGGCGUUCCGCAGUCUAUCGUCUCGGACCGCGACCCGGUGUUCACGUCCGCAUUCUGGCAGGAGCUUAUGCGGCUCACGGGGACAAAGCUCUUCAUGUCGUCAGCCUUCCACCCGCAGACGGACGGCCAGACCGAGGCCGCCAACCGCGUCAUCGUCAUGUACCUGCGCUGUUUCUCCGGGGACCGUCCUCGCCAGUGGCUCCGAUGGCUGCCCUGGGCGGAGUACAUAUACAACACCGCCUACCAGUCCUCUCUCCGCGACACGCCGUUCCAGGUGGUCUACGGCCGGGAUCCCCCGACCAUUCGCUCGUACGAGCCUGGCGAGACCCGAGUGGCCGCGGUGGCUCAGGAGAUGGAGGACCGCGCCGCCUUCCUUGACGACGUCCGCUAUCGCCUAGAGCAGGCUCAGGCGGCGCAGAAGCGUAUCUACGACCGACACCAUCGCCCGGUGUCCUUCCAGGUCGGCGACUGGGCCUGGCUGCGUCUACAGCAGCGUGCUGCGGCGUCCCUCCCCAACGCGCCCAAGGGGAAGCUCAAGCCUCGCUAUGUCGGGCCGUAUCAGGUCCUGGAGUUGAUCAAUGACGUGGCUGUCCGCCUCCACAUCGGUGUCCUCCGGAAGUUCGUCGGCGCCCCACCUGCAGCACCGCCUCCACUGCCUCCCCUCCUGAACGGGGCUGCUGUUCCUGCUCCCGCCAAGGUCAUCAAGGCACGGAUCGCUCGGGGUGUGCGUCAGCUGCUCGUCGAGUGGCAGGGCGAGCCAGUGUCUGCUGCUACUUGGGAGGAUCUGGAGGAUUUCCGCUCUCGGUUUCCGACCUUUCAGCUCGAGGACGAGCUGGACUUCGAGGCGGGGAGAGAUGUCAUGUGCGGAAAGACGUACGCAAGGUGCAGGCGCGCCCGCGACGUACGCCGCGCGGCUGAGCGCGCAGGGCGCGCGACCCAGCAGCCCGAUGGGGCAACUUCCAGUGGCUAGAAAUCAGGGAUUAGAUUGGAGGUUGUUUUGGUUAGUCUAUAAUUAGGGGAUUUCCCUUCCAUAGUUUGUUGGGCCAUUGGCUAUAUAUUCCUGUAACCAGGGAAGAAUCAAUCAAGCAAGAAUUGAUCUCCUAUCUCCUUCUUCCCCACGUCUCCUAAGCCCAGCCGGCUGAGAGGGGUAUAACCUCCGCCCUGGAAGACUCUGCCGGAGACUACGAGCUUCGUAGUCGAGGGCCAGCUACCCUAGAUCACACUGCCCUUGACACUUGUUAAGUGCCUGUGUUCUUGCUUGUGAUAAUCUGGUUGUAAAGAUUUUUUGUUCCUUCUGGGUAAUAUAAUCUUGAAGUGUGAAUGAAUGGGAUAUAUUUUGCCAGAAUUCAGUCUGGAAUUUAUAUUAUGUUCUGCUGAUGCUAGCCAAAAGAGUGUGAUAAAAAUAUAUCUGGUAGAAGUUCACUCUCUGGUUUGACCAUGAGUGUUGUGUUUUCUAAUAAGAACACUGAUUUCUCAUAUCAUCAGUGUAGAAAGGACACAGAGGGAGGGGAGGGGUCAUUCAUAUUGACGGUAAAUUUGUUUAUGCCUCCUUCUUUUGUAUGUCAAUGGAGUGGAACAUUAUCUUCUAUAUGUAUGUCCUGUAUUGCCCUUUUUCCUUGGUACAGGCCGUUUCACUUGUUUUUUGGAAUUGUUUAUUUAUAGAUAGAUGAGAUGCUUGAUUAUGCGUUUUCAGUUGACUUGCUUCUGAAACUUAGCUGAUGGCAAGUUUCAAUUUCCAUGCAUUUUGAGCGGCAAACUAAAAGCUGAAGCUGUUCUGAAAUAUUUUGUUCUAGUAUUCAAUCAGUUCCAGUGCUAAUGUGUUUGCAUAUGUCUGUGUGGUAUUUUUCUGCUUCUUUUGUUUCAGAGUAUCUUGCGCUUGAUCUGUGCAGCCGUGAUUGGUUAGGGCCUCUGCAACUUGGCGCCAUGCUAAAGGAGUACACUUUUCAUUUUCUCUGAAUUGCUCUAGCUUGAUUUGUUUGCAGUUUCACCUUUUCAGAUGCAGUGAUCCUAAAAAAAAACAUUUCUUUAACCAUGACAAGGAUACAUACACAAUUUGUUGAACUUGUUCAUUGAUCAUUUUACUGUUAUUUUCAAUUUCUCGCACGCCAUUGUGACCAUAAGGAGUGCAUUGAAGUCAUACAAGGUAGAAGAAAAGGUGCCUCCUGUAGAACUUGAAAGCCUACAUUCAGGUGCCUCCUGUAGAACUUGAAAGCCUACUUCAGAUACACACAGAUAUUGAUGAAAUCGCAGUUGUCCCGUAGGUGUAUACAUACAUACACCCAGAAAACUUGCGAAAUCAACUCUGCAGUACACUAAUAGAAAGUUUCCUUCAAAAGAGAAAGACACUAGCUAAUGGAAUAAUUCAUGCUAACUAUUCUUCAUUAUACAGAUACUCUGAUGAUAAGGCUGGAGACUGCCGACAGUGUUCAUCGUCAGACGCCCAGGAAGUCACUUGCACAAAUCACACAUCAAAGAAUUUGUCGCCAAACAGGUCCUUGUGGAUUCGUCAAUAAAGAAAAUGCGGCGGGUUAAGAUUGUCCGGCCAAGCUAGCAUUGCGGCAACAUAUUAGCUCCAAGCUGUAGCAUGUGUAUGUGGUGUAAUUUUUUGUUGGAUAAUAAGUAGGUAGAUCAGUUGCAAUGUCAUGUCAGUGUGUCACGCCCUCACCAUGACUGUAUAAAAGUACUAGCAGAUAUCACAUUUGUAAUCAGUUUAAGACAUUGAGAGUAAUUUAGUAAAUGUGAAUUUUAAAUUA